CUUACGAAUUAAUAUAAAACACUAUAGAAAUUAUUAUUUCGCCAGCAAAUUAUUAAAAUUGCUAAUAUUUUAGUGAUUGGUCGAUCAAUUCUGGAUGUUCUAAAGUCUAACAAAUCCCGUUGGCGCGCAGUUUCUUAAAAGUUAGAAAGUUUUAUAACGUCUCAUACGAUUAUCUGAAUAUCGAGAUGAUUGCCGGAAUUGAUCGACCAAUCACUAAAAUAUUAGCAAUUAAUAUAAAGUUUUGCGUCACCAGAAGAUCCGUGAGAAUUGUUUUUUACCAGACGCAAAAUUUUGUAUUAUUAUAAUAAUUUUUAAUAUUGAUUCUUAAGUUUUGAAUUUUGCUACGGGGGAUCGGACUUUUCGGUCAACCCAAGUAUUUCGUAAUAGUGGUAGCACCAUAGUAUAACUAGUAUGGGCACUCAGUCUUUUAUUUCGCUUUGCACCGAUCCGAUCUGCGCAUCGCCAUUAUUUUGGGUGCGACCAAUGAGACAAUUGUUGUAUUUGUAGUAGUGUAAAAUCAGUGAGCCGGAGAUACGGUCCGAUAUGGCUGAUGAGUACGUGCGAGCAAAACAGUGCAGUUUAGACAAACAGUGAAAUGAAGAAAAGCAGUGGGUACAAAGUUUGCAGUGUCAAACAUUGCAAAAAUACAAGUGCGAAUUCGAAUUGCCACUUCUUUCGCUUUCCUAAGGACAGUGAAAGGACAAAGCAAUGGUUAAUUGCAUGCAAUCGUGAGAAUCUCAUGCUGAAUGUGAGGAAAACAGCAGAAAAGAUAUACGCUAACAACAGGAUUUGCAGUAAUCACUUCAAAGGAUGGAUGUAUACAAAUCAUUUAAAAACUCGUUUGCUUCCUUCAGCUCAACCGACUGUGAAUCUCAGUGAAACUGAUGAAAAUGAUCAGAAUAUUGUUAAUGCAGAGCUCUUCCCUAAUAAUAAUAUAUUGGUUAAAAGUGAUGAUAUAUCUAAGGUAUUUAUUACUAAACCUUCAAUACAUUCCCUCCCUUCGUUCUCCUGAAAAAUACCUUUGUUGCUAACAUAUUUAGGACUGUCUAUGCACGUUCAUUUAAAUACUGUAUGUGUAAUAUACAUUAUAAGUUCAUACAUUGUAAAUUUAAAAUAAAGUUUGUCAUUCACAAUUUAUAUGAUGGUAUUUAAUGAUGGUGUUAAAUAAACUGUUUUUGUCUCGUAAAUGCCACCUUUAUUUAAUAAUUUAUAAUAGCAUUAUUGAUAACAAUUCAAUUUGAAACAACUUAUUAUGAAAACAAUUUUAUUAUUUAUUUUUAAGUUGUAUAAAAUCUUUAUUUAUAUAUUUCUAUUUUCUAUCAAUCUUGAAAUGAUAUAUUUUAUCACUCAUAUUAAUAAAUUGUUUAUUUUACUUUUUACUUUUUUCAGUACAAAAAUACAACUACUGGUCUCUUCUAUUUGUUUAACGAAAAGUAAAUGAAGGGAAAGCAUAAUAUAAUUAGUUGGAUAUAAGCUGCCCUUUUUUAUUAAUAAUUAUUCAUGUAUCAUACGGAGGAACAACAAAUUAAUUGAAUAUUAUUAAUUUAUUGUUAUGACAAUGUUAAAAGUUCUUUUUUACAUAUUUAGAUUGAUACAAUGAGGAUGGCUAUGUACGUUAGCUAAAACGUAAGAUACAUGAUUAAUUAUUAAUAAACAAUAGCAUUUUAUAUCCAAUUCUGAUUCUAUUGUGCUUUCGCUUUACCUUCUUUUUCUUAAACUAUUUUUUUAUUGAGUUUUACUUUACUGUAAAACUUAAUUUUUAUUCUUCUAUUCUUCCCAUAAGUUUUUAAUUGUUCUACUUUUUCAAAAAUUUAUUGAAUUUUUUUGCACCCCUUCUAGUUACAGCACUAAUAACCAGGAUUCUUUAAACACUUGAUACACCGCUGGAUUUUACCCCAAACGUAUGGCGGACGUACCACG